UGCGCACAAUUCCACAUAUCCUCUGGAAUCUGUGGGCUGGAACGGAAAUUAAUUGGUCAACAGUAAAGAAUACUCCAACCUGGUCAUCAUCUUUUACUCGAGUAAAAUUUAACCACGACUAGAAAAGAUAAGAUAUCAGAAGACUUGGAUUAAUUUUCAAUACCAAGCUUAUACGAGUGGUUAGAACGACUGGCAAGUAUGGAGAUUCUUUCCUUUGUCAUUUCAUGCCUGCUACUUUUCUCAAAUCAUCAUUUGUUCUCCGGUUCGGCAGAGGCAUCGCAGAAAUUAGAAUACCCAUUUCCGUUUAUGACAUUUGAUGCUGCAAAGGCGGCUGCAAGAACAUAUGAUUACAUUGUGGUUGGAGGAGGUGCAGCAGGGUGUCCUCUCGCUGCAACUCUGUCACAGCACUAUUCUGUUUUGUUAUUGGAAAGGGGAGAUUCUCCCUAUGGAAACCCUGACGUUGAAGACAUGAAAGGCGUUUUCAAGGUUCUUGGGGAUCCCAGCGAGUUCCCUUAUGUUAUGCAGAGAUUUGUCUCAGAAGAGGGAGUGCAGCUGGUAAGAGGGAGAGUUCUGGGAGGAAGCACAGCCAUCAACGCUGGUUUCUACACCAGGGCAAACUCGGAAUUCAUUCGAGAAAUGGGAUGGGAUGAAAAACUUGUAAAUGAGUCGUAUGAAUGGGUUGAGAAGUUGAAUGCCUUUGAACCAGAUAAGCUUUUCCAAUGGAAUUCUGCUUUCAAGGAUGCGCUUUUGGAAGCUGGAGUGCUUCCUUAUCAUGGGUAUACUCUGGAUCAUUUGGAGGGCACCAAGUUCAGUGCUUCGACCAUUGACAACGAGGGAAGGAGACACACAGCUGCAGAUCUUCUGCAAUAUGCAAAUCCAGAUAACAUUGUGGUUCUUCUGAAUGCUACAGCCACCAGAAUCCUCUUUGAUACCUCAUCAGGAAUGUUGAAGGCUAAUGGUGUUGAGUUGAUGAGAAAUAUUGAUGCCCACUUUUAUCAAAUAUUUAUCAGCGAAUUGUCACAGUGGAGUGAAGUAAUUUUAUUAGCAGGAAGUAUAGGUAGCCCCCAACUUCUCUUAUUGAGUGGAAUUGGCCCCUCAAAACAACUUAAUGAAUUAAAUAUUACUAUAUUAUUAAAUCUAAAUUCAGUAGGGAAAAGGAUUCAAGAUCCACCACGCACAACAAUCAUUCUAGAAUCUCCUAUACCACUUGAUUUUGAACAAGUAAAAGUAGUGGGCAUACUAGAUAAUUCCCAGGUCAUCAUUGAGGCUGUUAGCUUUUUUCAACAACAAAAUGUCAUAGACAAACAGUAUAUAGGAAUUAUUUUUAGCAAGGUGUCUUUUCCCUUAUCAAGAGGUGAGCUUCAACUUAGUAGCAAAAAUCCUCAAGAUAACCCACUUGUAAGAUAUAACUACUUUUCUCAUCCUUUUGAUGUAGAAAAAUGCAUUCUUAGUGUGAAGUUAUUGUCAAAUCUUACCAUGACUACUUCUAUUCAGGAAUUUGUAUUUAAGGGUAGUGGAAACCUUAACAUCCUUCAAUUUUUAGGGUUUGAAUUGCCCCAAAAUCAAUCAAACAAUAAUGCUUUGACAAUGUUUUGUAAAGAUACAAUAGCAACAAUUUUGUCAUUACCAUCAAUUUAA